AUGUCUGCCGAGAGCACGCGAGAGUCCGAUGCCGAGGCAAUUGCACACAUUCGAGUCGAUGAUGUCGCCAAACGCGAUGAUCUCGAACUUGAAGCGGCUGGUUAUCAACGGGAAAUGCCUCGCCGAUUCUCGCACUGGUCUCUAGGCGCCCUUUCAUUCGUGCUCACCUGCACCUGGCUCGGCACCGGGUCUUCAGUGGGCAUCAGUCUAACCGAAGCCUCCUCGGCGGGAACGCUGUGGUCCCUUCCAAUUGCCGGAUGCAUGACCCUGGUUCUCUCUGCGGGCAUGGCGGAACUGGCAUCUGCGUUUCCUGUUGCCGGAGCGCAGUAUUACUGGUCUUUCAUGGUUGCGAGCGACGAGUACAAGCCAUUCGCGUCCUUCCUCAAUGGGUGGCUGAGCAUUGGCGGGUGGUGGUUUGGGUCAAGCUCGGUUGCGAACUUUGUCUCUUCCAUGAUUCUCAAUAUUGUCAUUGCCUGGUACCCCGACUACGUACCACCAUCCUGGCAUCAAUGGCUUAUUUACGUUGCUCUGAUAUGGAGCGCUUAUGCCGCUAACAUCUUUGCUUCCGCCUGGAUCCCUCGCUUUAACUCAUUUAUAUUCGUCUUAUCCGCCUUGACGCUGAGCUCGACAGCCAUAACAUUAUUUGCAGCAGCCCGGAAUCAUCACGCCUCAGCCCAAUGGAUCUUUACGGACACUACAAAUCGAAGCGGAUGGUCCAGCGACGGGUUCUCCUUUGUGCUGGCCGUGGGCAAUGCUGUAUACGCAUUCUUGGGCAGCGAUUGCGGAGCGCAUAUGUGUGAGGAGAUCCCUAACCCGUGCAAGAACGUGCCCAAAGUCAUCAUGUAUCCGCUGGUCAUGGGGCUGGCGACAGCGUUCCCUUUCGCCGUCAGCUUGAUGUACGCCAUCACAGACAUCGAUGCGGUAUUGGGCACCAUCACUGGGCUCCCCGUGCUCGAGAUCUACUACCAAGGGACGGGGUCGAAGGUCGCGGCGUCCAUUCUCAUGGCGUUAUUUGCUUUCUGCUUCUAUGCGAACUUGAUAGCAAACGGAACGACUUGCUCCCGAACUAUGUGGGCAGUAUCGAGAGACGGGGCGAUGCCAUUUUCCAAUAUAUGGAUGCGUGUUCACCCGCGAUUCAAGGUCCCGGUGAAUGCAAUGCUUCUUUCUGCAACAAUCACCUCAAUCUACGGGCUAAUAUUUCUCGGUUCCACCACUGCAUUCUCGUCCAUGGUUGCCACAGCCAUUAUCUUUCUGCAAACUUCCUGUGCGAUUCCGCAAGCUAUCGUGCUCUACAGGGGCCGUGACCGGGUCCUCCCGGAGCGGUAUUUCAGCCUCGGGAAAUACGGGGCUGCAUUCAACUCCGUAUCCGUCGCGUGGGUGGUCUUUCUGGACGUGCUGUAUUGCUUCCCCACGGCGAUGCCCGUCACGCCGCAGAACAUGAACUACGUCUCGGUCAUCUCUGUGGGACUUUUGCUCUUUGUCGUCCUGCUAUGGUUUACCACGAAGCGAAAGGCUUUCAAGGGACCGCGGGUCAACUACGAGAGGAUGCUUGCAAUGAGGGCACAGGCAGUGCAAGGGCGUGGGGACAACGUACCGCACCAAGCUUUGUCGAGCCAAGGGGCCAGCGUCAAGGGGGACUAG